GUUGUCCAUUUUGAGGCUGCCCGCACCAUCGACCUGAACUUCAAGGGCCAGUACGACAAAAUCGUGGACCUGGUGCACCGACUGGCAACACUUGAGAGCCGCAGAAACGGAACAUGGAAAGAUGCUAUCGAGGCACAAAUCGAGUCGAUGGCCAAGUCUCUCGACCAGUGCGAUACCGCGAUGAUGGCGCAGGCUAUUGUCCAUGACGCCAUGCUACUCAAGACCACUUUCACGACCUGCCAGCAGUCGCUCGGAGUCGUACAGAGCAUCCAUCAAAAAGUAUCUUGCCAGAGUCGAGCAAAUGGGAGGCGAAUUGACCAUUGGGUCCCUUAAUGGCUUGGCAUCGGCAUUCAGUACCAUUCGUCAGCUGGCGAGCAAUCUGUAUCGUCUCCUCCGACUCUUCAAAACCAUGAGCACACUCGAAACCAAAGUGAAAUAUGAAGCCGACCCGUCCCAGCCCCUGUUCGAUGUCGAUGCUCCGGAACAGCAUCACGACUUUCGAGCCAACGGAGACAUGGAUCAGCUCAAUCCCGGACUGCCUGAGGGGGAAGUGCUGAGCCAGGCCGACAGCGACGGAAGCCUGGAAAUGGGCGAAGCAGAUGAGCAUGACAACGACAACGACAACGACAGCGAUGACGACAGCCCGGUCGCCUUUAUAGAAGCCAACGAAGUGAUUCCUGUGUACAAAGCUCAAGCUAGAAAUGCCUAUGCAGUGAACGUGCUCCGUCGAGUUCGCGCAAAGUUGGAUGGCAUCGAGGGCGAGUACAGCAAAAUGGACGUUUCGGAGCACGUCAAUCUCAUCGUCCAGCAAGCCACCAACGUCGACAACCUCGCGCUCAUGUACGAGGGAUGGAUGGGAUGGAUAUAGCCCGAAACCGUCUACCGGUGAUAUCUCCGUUGCCCGUUGUCCACUGCCUCUGUGCUGGCUGGAGCGAUCGUCAGAAAUCACCCUCGCCUGUUUGAGUCAAGACCACUCAUCGAGUCUUCCGAGUCAUACUCCUCGAUCGAGCACGACGGCACCACCCUUGCGCCUCAAUCCAACAAAUACUCUUGGCAUAUCCGC